UCCAAGGUCCUCCCGCUCGCUCAAGAUCCAUGGCUCCUAGACACAUACCUCAAUUCGUCUGGUCACAUUCGUCUCGGAACCAUUUUUAUGGACCUAGACGCUUUAUCGGGAGUCAUUGCCUACAAGCACACAGGCGAAGACGUGACGACGGUCACAGCCUCCUGCGAUCGAAUAAUCAUCAAACAUCCUUUGACAGAGAUUUGCGAUCUGGAGUUGUCGGGUCAGGUCACGUAUGCUACAGGUCGAAGUAGCUUGGAGAUUUCCAUGCAGGUCGCGAAAGCACCUAAGGAAGGACAGGCCGUCAGGGACGAGGAUAUUCUCAUCGAUUGUACAUUCACCAUGGUGUCUCUGGACCCCGCAACCAGGAAACCCGUGAACGUAAAUCCUCUCAUUGUCGAAACACCCGAAGAGAAGCGCCUUUUCGAGCUUGGUGAGCGCAAUUCCAAGAUUCGCAAGCAACGCAAUCAAACGGCCCUCAUCAAACACACACCCAACGAUGCAGAGAGCGACCUCAUUCACGCUUUCUGGCAGAAGCAGCUCCAGUUCCAUGACCCGCACAACGACCUCCGUAAACCUGACAACGUCCAUCACAUGGACACGACCCGGCUUCAGACGGCCAUGAUCAUGCAGCCGCAGAAUCGUAACCGACAUCACUUCAUGAUCUUUGGCGGUUUCCUUCUCAAACAGACCUUCGAGCUUGCGUUCACAUGUGUGGCAGCGUUCGCUCAUGCCCGACCCACUUUCGUCUCCCUCGAUCCUUCUACCUUCCAGAACCCCGUGCCUGUAGGCAGCAUUCUCUACCUCACUGCAACAAUCGUAUAUACAGACCCGCCCCUCAUAGACGCGCCCGGCGAAAGUUCGGAUCAUGAUAGUAAAUACACAAGAGUUCAAGUGAGGGUAGACUCGAAAGUGCGGGACGUGGACCACGGACACUCCAAACCGACUGGUCAAUUCAAUUACACCUUCACAGUGGAAAAGAACAUCCGCGUUAUGCCUCAAACCUACCAAGAGUUCAUGAUGUACUUGGAUGCGCGCAGACGUGCACAGAUCGUCCAGGACAGCUUACAAGAAAAGACUCCAGGACUCAGUCCCAAGGCAGCCGAGGCCAGUGUCACUGAAUAG